GUAGCCAUUUAAAAGGCCCCAUUUCUAGGGUUUUGGUCGGCGAACUCGCCGUGAUGUCUCCCUCUCCCUCUCCCUCUCCCUCUCCCUCUCCCUACCGUACCGUCCAAACUCUCAAUUUCGCCGUUUGAAAGAUGCUCUGAUCGAAUUUUCAGUUGAUACACACACCCGAGCAGAAUAAAUAAAGAGGCGGAGAGGCUCGGAUGGUGAAUGAAAGGUACGCGAAGCACAGAGAGAAGUGAAUCCGGUCGUUCCCAUGCUUCAUUUUCUGGUUCUUAACUCCCAUUUCGGGCGUACUUGUUGCGAUAUAUCAGGAACCCACGAAACAAAUCUUAAAGAGUCUUCUGUGUGCAUAAUUUGCCAUGUUAAUGCGCAGGAUCAAUAAAAGGGAAACUCGUUUGUGUUUUUCUGAAAUGGUUUGCCGACUCAGCCAUUUGUUUCUCUCUCCCCUUGUCCAUGAAAGUCCGUCUGCUGCGGAGAGUCAAUAUUUUGUUCCUUUCAGAAUUAGAAGAUCCUUUCACGGUUGUAGGCCUGCCCAAGCUUCUAGGGUUUAUAUUUCUAAUAGAUCAGCUCAUUCACCUCGUUCUUCUGUUGCGCCCAACAGAAUGUCACGACUUGCGAGGUCGGAGGCUCAAGAUGCGCUUUUCGAUUACUUGCACUGUACUAGAGGCUUCUACUUCACGGACGCUGAACACAUUAGCAAGAACUCACCCCAUUUUGUUCAGGCCUUACUGUCCCGGGUUGAUAAUGAACAUGAUGUGUCGCAGGCUCUCUCCAGGUUCCUUCGAUACAAUCCCAUUAAUGAGUUUGAACCGUUUCUGGAGAGUUUGGGUUUGGUUCCCUCAGAGCUCGUAUCGCUUCUUCCAAGGGAUUUGAUGUUUUUGAGCGACGAUCAAGUGAUGCUUGAUAAUUUUCAUAUUCUUAGCAAUUAUGGCUUUCCUCGCAGUAAGAUUGGUAAGAUAUACAAGGAAGCUAAUGAGAUAUUCAGAGAUGAUUCCACAUUGUUGGCUUCGAAACUUCGUGCUUAUGAGAAACUAGGUUUGAGCACAUCCACAGUUGUUAAACUGCUGAGUUGCUGCCCCUCACUAUUGAUUGGUGGCAUUAGCAAGGAAUUAGUUGGAGUUCUUGAAAAGUUGAAAUUACUGGGAUUUGAAAAUGAUUGGAUUGGCGGGUUUUUAUCUGGGAAAAACACGCACGAUUGGAACAGAGUGCUUGAUACAAUGAACUUUCUCGGUGAAGUGGGUUAUAGUGAUACACAGAUGGCGGUUUUGUUUGCAUCAAAUCCUGCAUUGCUGUUUGAAGGUUCUGGGAAGAAAAUCUAUGCAAUAAUUGCCAGGCUACUUAAAUUGGGGCUUAAGAUGAGUCAAAUUUAUACUUUGUUCUCACAAGAUCCUCAAAUUCUGUCACCCAAGAGAGCCAAGAAUCUUCUGCAGACAACAUGUUUUCUGUAUGAGAUAGGAAUGGAAACCAGAGACAUAGCAGAUAUCAUAGCCUCUAAUAUUCUACUGCUGGGAUCACAUUCCCUGAGACAACCUAAAACUGUUAUGAGGAACUUAAAGGUUGACAAAGAUAGUUUAUGUAAAAUUAUAAAGGAAGAUCCUCUGAAGUUGUUAAAUUUGGCUGGUAAAUCCAAUAUUAGCUACAUCAAACAGUUAUCUUCACAAAUUCAUGGUAAGUUUCUUGAGAAGACGUCAUUCUUACUCAAAUUAGGUUAUGUUGAAAACUCAGAUGAGAUGACAAAAGCUCUGAAACUGUUCCGAGGCAGAGGCGACCAAUUACAGGAGAGGUUUGAUUGCCUGGUACAGGCUGGCUUGGACUGCAAUGUUGCAGUAGGUAUGGUUAAGCAUGCUCCAUCUAUGCUAAAUCAGACCAAAGAUGUGAUAGAGAAGAAGAUCGACUGUUUGAGAAACUGCCUGGGCUACCCGCUGGAAUCAGUUGCUGCGUUUCCAUCUUAUUUGUGUUAUGAUAUAGAUAGAAUCAAUCUUAGAUUUUCGAUGUAUGUGUGGCUGAGGGAGAGAGGUGCUGCAAAGCCAAUGCUGUCUUUGAGCACAAUUCUUGCAUGUUCAGAUGCUCGAUUCAUAAAAUAUUUUGUAGAUAUUGAUCCAGAAGGUCCAGCAAUGUGGGAAAUUUUGAAAAAGAAAAUGUUAACUUAAAGCUAAGAUGAAAUUUUGUUACCUUGUUA